UUCAUCACUCAGAGUGUUCAGUGUGUAUAAUAGCCAGGGACAAUCAACAUGGCUCUACCUCUCCUGCCAGGAAACUCAUUUAAUAGAAACCUAGGAAAAGAAAAGUUCCAUAAGUCUCAGCACUUUGGCUACUCUAAUGAUAUCUCUAUGUUGAGUGAAGAGAAGCCAGGUAUUGGAGGAGAAGCACUUCUUGGACAGAAAUUGAAGCCUAAAUUCAGUGUCUUCCCUAGAGGAGUAGGCAGUGACGCUCCUUCUUGGGUUGCAUUUGAUAAACAGGUUCUGUCAUUCAAAGCCUAUUUUGAAGAAGAUAUUCAUCAGAGACGAGACGAAACCUUGCGCGUCAGGCUCUGUAAAAUCUAUUUCUAUCUUGAAGAUGACACAAUUCAGGUAGUGGAACCUCAAAUGAAAAACAGUGGAAUUCCACAAGGAACGAUCAUCAGACGCCAUCGAAUUCCACUUCCACCUCCAAACGAUGACCAGUUUUAUACGGUGGAUCAUUUUAACAUCAACAAAGAUAUUGUGUUCUAUUCAAGAACCUUCAGAAUUGUAAGCUGUGAUGAAUUCACCAGAAACUUUUUAAAGAAACUUGGCAUCAGAAUAAAUCCACCAGACUCUACUCCCCCAGACCCAUACUCCACAAUGCGUAAACAGAUGGAAGAUAGUUUGAAGCCUCUGCGUCCUUAUGAGCGCAUGGACACACUGAGACAGUUCCUGGAACAUGACAGGCAUGUUCUAAGGUUUUACUGCCUAUGGGAUGACACUCCAACCCCUUUUGGAGACAAAAGAGAGCUCAUCUUACAUUAUUUCCUUGCGGAUGACACUAUUGAAAUCAUAGAAGUCAUACCACCAAAUUCUGGCCGAGAUGCUGUUCCAGUCUUUCUCCACCGAGGAAAACUUCCCAAGAAUGCCCCAACGAAAAUGUAUAACCCCGGUGAGAUCACUGCACGCACUGUCCUCAACGUUUUUGGUCCAAUGGGACAUGGAGGUCGCCAUAUUCUGGAUAAUCUUAAAACAGGGGCUGUGCACCAAGACUUUUACAAAGACUGUGAUCUGACAACUGGAGCUGCAGUCAAUGCUUGGGGACGUACGAUAAUUCUAUGUGAUUGUGAUGAAUUUACAAAGAACUACUACAGAACAAAAUAUGGUAUUGAGGAUUUCACUCCAGUUCAGUACAAAGCUCUGCAACCUACAAAAUUGGAGAAAAAGCUUCCACCAUACAAUGGCUUUGGUUCAGAAGAAGAUUCACUCUGCUCCUGUUUGAGUCUGUUACCAAAACCCCCCCAAAGGGAUUUCAAAAAAUUCAUGGAAAAGGACAGGAGUGGCCUGGAGACCAAUGUUCUUAGAUUCAUUGCAAAGCUCAUUACAGAAAACCCCAUUGAUUUAGAAAGAAAGUUCAUUAUCUCCUAUUUCUUAAGUGAUGACACCAUCACUGUAUUUGAACCACCACAGCGAAAUUCAGGAAUUCUAGGUGGAAAAUUUUUGGAAAGAUGUCGUGUUAAGAAACCAGGGCAAGAAUUGUUCAAGAGCGAGAUGUCUGAAUACUUCAAUGCUGCAAAUCUGUUUGUUGGAGCUAGAGUUAACUUCAAUGGGCACAAGUUUAUCUUGGUUGAUGCCGAUGAAUAUGUGUUCAACUAUAUGGAGAAGCAUGUGCACGAGUUCCCUAUGUCCGACAUUGCUUCCAUUUUAACUAAGUUAAGGAAUAUUGGUGAGUCUAAGCCUAGAGAAAUCAAGAAACUCUUUGUAGCUUAUGAGCCUGGAAACAGAAAUGAGAUGACGUAUGAAACCUUCAGAAAUGUCAUGGUGGAUAUUGCUGAGAGAAGUCUCACAGAACAUGAAAUAAUGACUGUCGGACGUUACUACAGUGUACGUGAGAAGCCAGAGGUUGAUUUAGGCCUUCUGAUGACUGUAGCCCAAGAACAGCUGAAGAAAAAGUCAUUUGAGAACUUCAACAAACUCACUGAUGCCUUUGUUUAUAAUGACCGCGAAAGGAAAGGUUUACUUCCAUUCCAAGAAACUAAAACUAUCUGCAAAGCCUUCAAACUACCAUUAGCUGAUGACCUCCUUCGAGUUAUAUUACAAAAACAUGAAGAAAGUGAAGGAGAAAUUAAUUAUGUGAAAUUGAUGUCAGGCCUUAACUGGCGAGAAAAUCCAAGUCCAGCAAGACAAACCACACCAAUUAAGUUUGAUGCUGAGUGGAGUGGACAAGCUACAGGCAGUGCUGUAAUGAGUGUGAACUACAUGCUCCUUCUUGAAGAUAUGUUUGGGCUGCAAAACUGA